UUCCAUAUAGGACGUACGACAUGUAAUAAACGUCACGUGCACGUGUGUUUUAAAAAUAAAAAUAUUUUUCACAAAACGAAAAUUAUUAUUAUGGAAAAAUCCGAUAAUCAUCAAGAUGAUGUCAUUAUUGAAAAAGGUAUAGCACCGAUCCGAAAAGAAUUUCUUAUCGAACGUUCGACAAAUAUUUUCAUUGAACAAAAAAAUGAUAUAAUCAAAGAUGGAGAUGAUGAUGAUGAUGAUGAUGACAAAUCUGAACAUAAACGUAAAAUAAUUACGGAAAAUGAUAAUGAAUCAAUUAAUCAUGAUGGUGAUGGCGAUAUCGAAAAGAAACGGAAAAAAAAGAUGCGUGGUCAAAAUAAACAACGUCGUGGACAGAUGCAUAAAGCAGUGAAACAAUUGGGACAAACCCGACAUCGAAUAUGUCGUGCUUAUUUUCGUGAUAAUAAAUGUCCAUUCGGUGAUGGUUGUACAUUUUCACAUGAUAUCGAUGCAUAUCUGGCCGAAAAUCCUGACCGUAAUGAUAUCGGUGAUCAUUGUCCAAAUUUCGAACGAUUCGGUAAAUGUAAUGCUGGAAUAUUUUGUCGUUUUGGUAGUGGCCAUCUUCGUGAUGGACGUUAUAAUGUGAUCGAUGAGGAAAAAUUCGAACGUAUUAGCCGUGAAGAUCGAACGUUGAAUUUUCUUACCAAAGAUGUACAACUUCAGCUAAGAAAACGAAAAUAUAAUUUUAGUGAUGCCAAUCAAAUAAGUCAACGAAUUUGUUCAGUAGAUAAUGUUCGAUUAGCAGAAUUGAAAAAAGAAUCACGAUCAUUGCCAUUAAAACGAACUAUUGAUUUUCGUGGCAAACUUUAUCUUGCACCAUUGACGACUGUUGGAAAUUUACCGUUUCGUCGUAUUUGUAAAGAAUUCGGUGCCGAUAUUACCUGUGGUGAGAUGGCCGUCAGUUCAUCGCUUUUAGAAGGUUCCAGUUCAGAAUGGGCACUAAUUCGUCGCCAUUCAUCUGAAGAUAUAUUCGGUGUACAAUUAUGUGGUUCAGGACCAGAUCAAUUGGCACGUUGUGCCCAGAUUAUUUGCAAUGAAUGUGAUGUUGAUUUUAUCGAUUUAAAUAUGGGCUGUCCAAUCGAUCUGAUUUAUCGUAAAGGUGCCGGUUGUGCACUUAUGGAACGUCGACGUAAAUUAGAUAACAUCAUCUACAGUGUAUCAUCAGUUAUAAACGUACCGUUUACAUUAAAAAUGCGAACAGGUGUACAUAAUGGAAAAAAUAUAGCAAAAAAUCUAAUCACCACUGUACGUGAAUGGCCACGUAAUCGUUUAUCAAUGAUUACAUUACAUGGUAGAUCACGUGAACAACGGUAUACAAAAUUGGCUGAUUGGUCAUAUAUUGGUGAAUGUGUAACCGAAGCUCAUCAUAAACCUGUUGAUGAUGAUAGCAAAGAUUAUGAACCAUUAACUAUAUUUGGAUCAGGUGAUAUAUUAUCACAGGAAGAAUAUUAUGAAAAAUUAGAACAAUACAAUGUUGAUGGUAUUAUGAUUGGACGUGGUGCAUUGAUUAAACCAUGGAUAUUUACGGAAAUUAAAGAACGUCGUGUUUGGGAUAUACGUUCAACGGAACGUUUAGACAUUCUACGUCGUUUUGUUAAUCAUGGUCUAGCCAAUUGGGGUUCCGAUAGAGAAGGUGUGGAAAAAACACGUUGGUUCCUAUUGGAAUGGCUUUCAUUUCUACAUCGUUAUAUACCGGUUGGUUUAUUGGAACGAUUACCACAACAUAUUAAUGAUCGUCCACCUAGAUAUCAUGGACGUGAUGAUCUCGAAACAAUGAUGGCAUCAUCAUCUUGUAGUGAUUGGAUCAACAUCACUGAAAUGCUUCUUGGCCCAGUGGAUGAUGGUUUUACAUUCAUUCCUAAACAUAAAGCAUCUUCUUAUUGAAUUUUAUUUAAAUUUUUUUUUUAAAUUCUAAAUUAAAUUAAUUAAAUUUUUUUUGA